UGAUGUUGUUGGUUAUGGUGGUUGGUAUUGGUGGUUUCAAUUUACCUACUUUUGUAUAAAGACUAAAUGACCUAGUGUUUUGUUUGUGUCACAGUUUAAUUUUCUGUGUUAAGUGCGUUAUAAAUAAACAUUGUUUGGGUUCUGUUUUAAAUCAUGUCUUCAAUUAUGUUACCACCGUUUCCUUCGCAAGAUUUGGCUAAACUUGUUCUCGGGUACCUUGCGGAGGAACAGCUUAUGACUGCUUAUGAUGAAUUUCUUCAAGCCAGCCCUUAUUUAGAUGCAUUAGGGAAUGAAUAUGAUAGAAUAUUUAUGACAUCACUCAGAAACAUUCUAGCAGAAUAUAGAGCUGUAAAGAUAUACGUGGAAACCUGUAAACCACUUAUUUUACGUAAGAGACUAUUCCAAUGCACAAACUUAUUAGAUAUUGUAAAGUUUCUUAUUAGUAAUAUAGAUAUUCACAAAAUUCAAAUACAAGAUAAUACUAUAGAUAAAAUAGGGCUAGACAAACAAAAUGUAACAAAAAAUUCAAAGAUGGAUGAAGACUGCCAAGUGUGUAUUGCACAAAAACUGCUACACUGUGUUUGUAACAAGAGACUAAUUGACAUUAAUACAACCAAUAAAUUUAGUAGUGGUGAUUUUACACCCCUACAAAGUUCAGUGGAAACAACUUCCUUAUCUGAUUUACCUGGAAAUCAUGUAACAACAAGGAAAAAAUAUGAUAAGGUACCUGAUAAUGUUUCUUCAAUAUCACAAUCAAAUUCAGGCUCUGAACAUGAGAUAAGUUCAAAACAAGCUACUUGUAUAUACAAAAAUAUAUCAGAUAAUAGUAAUCCUGUCCAUUUAAAUAUUAAAGAAAGUAAUUUGGCACAGGAUCCUAAUAUUUCAAUAAAAACAACAGAUACAUUGGAGUCAAGACAGAAGAUUGAUGAAUUCAAUGACAUUCUUAAAUUAGUUUGUAAUAAAAACAAUUCAAAGAUACAAGCAGUGAACACCAAUGAAAGAAUAUCUAAUGCUGGUACAUUCCAAGAAUUUGAAACUGGUGUAAGCGGUGGUGAAAAUAGUAAUAUUAAUGUACCUGAUUCGAGUACCUCUGAUAAUAUCAAUUUGCAGCAGGUCUCUACACCCAAUGAACCGCAUAGUUUAAACGUAAUAUCUGGUGAUCCUAAGAAUUUUAUAAAAACCACACAAACACAGUUCUUAUUAAAAGUAGCAAACGUUAAAGAUACAGUAGCUUCACAGUCAAAUGAAAUCAUCAAUGUUGAUCAGUUUAACAGAAGUCCAUAUCCACAUAUCAAACCUAAGAGCGAAGACAAUAAGAUCAAGAUUAUUUCAGACAUUAAAGUAGAUAAUGAAACCCUCAGUAAUAGUAGCAUGAAAAUGCCUGCUGUUUUGCAAAAUGCGACUUCCACACCAUUAUUGCAAAUGCGAACAAUCGUUAUAAAUGGAACAUCAGCUUAUAAAUCUAAGACACAUCUUGGAACUCAUAUGCCUACAGAUAGACUUAAUUACACUAAAGAUGAAAUUAUGGCAAUGCCUACAAUUAUUAUAACACCAGUCUCAGGUUCUUCUCAAAAUCUUGUAAAUAUUGAGUCACAAACUACCAAUCCCCAGAAGAUACCUAAUACAACACCAGUGAGUACUAUUUGUGUACAAUCUCUGCAGCCCUUGACAAUAGAUGUUUCAUCAAAUUAUGCUCCAACAAUUUCAACAUCAACUACAACUUCUGUUCUAAAUUUCCCAGCAGUACAUAUGCAAAAAACAUGUAGUACAUCCACACUGGUUAAAACAGUAGAUACAACUAGUGCUUCUGUACCGAAAGAUGGCGUUACUGCGACUUCCACGGAAACUGGUACUCCUCAAGGACUUCCACCAGCAAGAAAGUCAUCAUCUACACCACGCAGGACAUCUCAUGUUCGAGUGUUGGAUUUCACUACGCCUAGACGAAUAUUACAUGAAACUAUAUCUGAGCUUGAGCCAAGUCAGAAUAAUGUAAUUACUGAAGAAGUUCUUACUAGUAGUCCUAAUCUCACAAUUAUAAAUGCUAAGGAUGUUGUAAAUGGGAAAAAUACUACCAACGAUACGCGUGUCAAUGAAAUUAAAUCAUCUGAAGAUAAUAAUACAAAGAAAAUUAUAGUAAACAAUAAAUCCAAUUGGGAUGCCGAUUUACGCGCUCUUUUAAUUAACGAUAAAAAUUGCUACGAUACCCAAACAAAAAGAAAAUCAAAGAGUAAUAAAAAAAAGAAAACGGAAAGAGACAAUACAGAUGAAAAAAAGUUAACUAAGAAAAAAACUUCUAAAUCUAAACAAGAUAAAAAAAGUUCAAGCCCAAAAACAGAUACUAAUGUCAGUAGUAAUACAGAAAAGAUUAGUGGUUUACCUAAACCUACCAUAAAUAUUGUGUCUGCUCCUGACAAGGGAGUUUUAAAUUAUGGAAGUGAUAAAAAUCAAAAUAAAUCUAAUGAAGAACAUGAUACUCCAGAGUUGGAAAGAGUGUCCUUGCAGAAUGUUAUUGGUUCUCGACUUAAUAUAUCGGAUUUCCUAGAAACACCCUAUAAACAAGCUCUCUAUGAUAUUCAAAUGGAAACUCCCAGAUUUUUAGGUCCUGAUUUACCAGAUGAACCAAUGUCGGAUAUUAAAAUAAUGAAUAUACCUACACCUCGAUUUUUUAAUAGUUCAAAAGGUGUAGAUGCCACCCCGUCUUCCUAUUCGUCUCGACCUACCGACUAUUCAAGUGGGGGAUCUUAUUACAAACCAGACGAUCAAGAUUAUAUUCCUAAUCCAGAAAGUUUAGGAUACUCUGGCACUUCUUCAAAAGAAAACAUAAGUAUAGAUUCGCCAGUUAAAAGCGAGAAAGUUGUUAAAGAGAACACAGAUAAAAUAAAGUCUUCUCGACCAGUUCGGCAGUGCACUAAAAAUGUAUCUUAUUAUAAUUCUAAUUUAAAUAAAACGAAAGAUGAAAAGAUUAAAGAAGAUAAAAGUACAGAAGGUACAUCUAGUGACUUAGAAAUUAUUAAUAGUUCUUCCGAUAAAAAGAGCAAUAAAGAAAAUACUUCAAAAGUACUUCAAGAUAACUUAUCUGUGACAAAACAAAAAUCUGUUAAAAAGAAAAGAUCCAGUACAAAAAAACUUAAAUCACCAAAGAAAGAGGUUGUAAAGUCGUUUAUGAAAAUAAAACCGAGACGACCCACACCUACGAAGGUGUCUUUAGAUGGAAAAAAUAAAAAAAAAGGAGUGGUGUGUUCUGAUACUCUCACAACAAAAUCUCAGACACGAAAACGAACAUCUAGUAAAGAAAAAGUUAGCAACAUUAUGCCUGCAGUUAUAAUUGUACCGACUAAAUCAAGACGAAAAUCUUCUACGCCUAGGAAACUUCACUGUACAAAAUCAUUUAAUUCCGAAAGUUCUGGUCAUAAUUCUCCUGAUUUAAUAACUGCGCCUAAACAAAAUUUAGAGCAAAACUCAAAAGCCUUAGGUUUACUUGAUUCUGAUACAGAACACGUAGUUGAUGGAAAUACACCACCGUUGAGAUGGUCUGAUGACGGUUCCCAGGAUGUAAAACACAAAGAAAAAGAUACAACAGCGAAUGAGAUAGAAGAUAUUACAAAAAUCCAGAAAUAUAUUGAGACUACAGUAUCUUGUAUUACAGGCACUGAUGAGGGCGAUGGUAGUUUACACAGUGAUUUAGUAAAAAGAGGUUUUGAUAUUGAAACCGCAAAGAUCAUAGAGCGAGAUUUGUUAGAUACACCUCCUUAUUCUAAGCCAGAAGGUACAUUAAAUUUAAGGUCUUGUAUAGAAACAGAAGUUACUAAUGAAGAAAAAAAAAAUGAUAAUACUAUCAUAUCAGAUAAUAAUGUAUUAAAUAAUUUGCAAAUAACACAAGGAGAGCAGGUUGAGUAUGAAGAUGAAAUUGAAUUAUCAGUAUGUGAAUGUAAUGAAGAGAGUGAAAAUUAUUUGAUGUGUUCUCAUGAUGAUACUAUUGAUAUGACUAAAAUAGAAUCAACAAAAUUAAAAGAUAAAUUUACAAUGGAGGUAUGCAUAGAUGAUGGAGUCUUGAUUAGAUUAAAAGCUACGCCUUUUAGUAUGCUUUUGGAUUUAGAUCAAAAAAUUGAUCCACAGAAUGAUGAAGUAACUACAUCUAAAUAUGAUAGUUUGUACACGCCAUUAAAACAAUCGGUAAAGGCUCAAUGUUAUGACAUAUUUGAUUCUACAUUAACAAGUCUAGAUACGCCACUAAAAGCAACAAGUCCGAAACAAUCCAAUCCUGAAUUUACUGUAACAGAAAUAGUAUUAGAAAUAGAAAAUGUGGAUGAUAAAAACAAGUCGGAAUUAAAAAAACGUAAAAGAAUGCAAAGUGGUAACACAUCAGAUGAAUCUGUGUCUGAAAAUAAAAAGUCCAAAUCAGAUGCUCAGUACUUAUUUAAUUCAGCAAACAUACAAAAUAUAGAUAUUGAAUCUGUUCUAAGUAAAUUACAUGGACCAUAGCAAUAAUAUACAAUCUUCAGGGAUAACCUGAAUGAUAUAUUAUUCGUAUAUUGCCGAUUGUAAUCAAUCGAAUGUGUGUAGUCGUCAAUAAUGUUUAAUACAAAAUAUAUAUUUUAUCAACCAACGAUGAGAGUUAAUAAUUGCUCUUAAAUAUACAGCGUUUUUUUUUUUAAUAUAGGUAUAAGUAAGAAAACGAAUAAUGCCAAAAUAUAAUCAUAUAUGAAAUAUUUAUUAAAAUCGUAAAUUUAGUUAAGUUUAUUGUACAAAACUAACUGAGCUUUCAGGUUUUGUUUUUAAUUUAACUAUAUGAUAGAUACACCACAUGAAUUGCGGUAUAUUUUUCUCUAUAAUAAUGUUGUUUGGAUCUCUAUAAUAUCGGUAGUUUAUUAUAAAUUGUUGAUAUAGUAGUUCCUGUAAAUAUAAAGUUAAGGUUAGUAUUCUAAGUAUAUUAAUGGCCAUAAGUGACCUCUGUUAGUAAGUUAUAAUUUAUUGUAUAGGCUAAGAGCUCAUAGAGCGGUUUUAAAUUGCACGUCACGGAUGUGGGGUUUAUUUUAAAACUAAAAAAUGAAACCAAAAUUUGGUAUGUUUGCGCAAUAGCAGCCGUUGUUUUGUAUAUUUCUGUCUUUGGCAUAUAUUUAUUUAUAUUACGUGUGUAACGAUCUUGUAACCGUGGCGGGCGCAUUUAAAAACGCGCCGUAUAUUCGUAUCGAUUAUUUUAUAUAAGUGUUAUAUAGGUUGUUAGAUUUACUUGUGUUAACACAAGGUGAUGUGGUUGUUGUAACUAGAAAAGAUCAACUUAAAAGUGUUCGUAGUAAUUUUAAAAUAAGAAUUCGAGAGACCAAACAAAGCAUUAUAUUAAUAAUUAAAGAC